AUGGGCCAUCUACUUACGCACAACAGCUGGACCAUGAGCGUGGCACUCAGCCGCAAACGUUCGCGCCUGACCAUUGACGAGGACGAGGACGAGGUGCAGCACCGCAGAGAGCCGUCGCCCACUCUGCCAGCAUUGGGCGAUGCCCUGAAAAGGUCCAAGACACAAUGUGAACUGGAAGAACUAGACAUGAUCAGUCCGGAAGAGGCUUGGAGUGUGGAUGUCGACGCAAUACUUGCUAGCAACACGCUCGCGACUCUACCAAGUAGCGAGCUAGAAGCGCAUAACAACUGGGCAAGAUACUCAAAGCAGGAAUCAAUAAUAGUUUUGUGCGUCCAAGGAAACGUUCAAAUACACUACGAGCUGCUAUGCUCCGCACUCCCUGACCUCUACACUCUCUCUCCCUCGCUCCAGGCCCUCGUACUCUGCCACGACCCCUCGACACACAGACUAUCCUCUUCCGCGCCCUUUUCACUCCCCGUCAUACAAGCUGCAACCCCUUCGAACAACCACUUCGUCCGCCUAGGCCUUCUUCAUCCUCUCGGUGGAGGUAAAUUCCCAUUAGAUGCACUGGUCGUGCUGGACAAGCAGAGUAGAAGAAGGCUGGUGCUACCGUUCGGUUGGGGUGCUGGUAAACAUGCGGAUACACCCGCGGGGCGGAACAUACAGAUGCGAUUGAUGGGACUGCUGGAGAGCUGUGUUGCGACUUUAGUACGGGAACAAUGA